GUUUAGGAACUACUUAGAUAUGAUAAUACGAUGUUCUUGCUAUCUCGUUUCAUGUGUUUUGAAGCAGUGUACGGUAUCUAAAAACCGUAGAAGCUGUGCUAGUAGCACUCACCAAGUUUGGAGGUACGAACUUUCAACUACCAUGGGAACAACUGACUUGAUGAAACUGUUGCUGACUCGACUCCGGGGUAUAAAGGCCGUCAGGUACUACAGGCAAGACUCACUGAUACCCCAAAGAUGCGUCCGUUGCAGAUCAACGAAAAGACCGGCGAGCCUUUCCUCCGCCUUCCCGCUCCUCAUGACCGAAUCAUCCUGACGCCGCCCCGCGAAAGCGACAAAGUCAACAUUGUGCCCAUCCUGAACGAUGAACGUGUAUGGAGAUGGCUGCAGGGCCCGCCUGUGCCUUAUCUCCCCGAGCACGCAGACCUAUGGAUCGAUGGUAGCGCGCGAGAGUGCCAGGAUGUCCUGGAGGAGCUAGAGGCAGACACGAGCAAGCCCGGAGAGCCAAUAAAGCUGGUGGAGAUGUGCCCGGCGAGAAUGCUGCGCGAGGUGCAGGAGGACGGGAGCGAGGUGUACAUUGGGGAUAUUGGGAUCGUGCGGUCGAGGAUGGAUCAUAUUCUUGACCCCUUGGAACGGGCGGAGAGGAUUAAGGAGAACGAGGAGAAGGAGUUGGGCGAUCUGACAAUUCUGUGGACGUUUCACGAGACAGACUACCUUGCGCCGAGCCACCACGGCCGCGGGAUCAUUCCUGCUGCUCUGGGUGUGAUCCGGGACCAGUGGGCAAUCCCGCGGAUGGGAGCGAGGCACAUUGUCGGGUAUACGUUUGCGGAGAAUAAGGCGAGCGCUAGAGUGUUUGAGAAGUGCGGAUUUGUGUUCAGGGGUCAGUUUGACAAUGGGACUGUGGUGAGGGGGGAGAAAAAGGAGCUGAACUGGCUCGAGUGGACGUAUGUUGAGUAG